AUGGCUGUUGAGAUCCGGUGGGCGGAAUUGGGGGGCAAACAGCUCUUCAUGUUCAAGGUCCAGCUGUCCACCUGCCAGUUUGCACCUGACCCAGCUCAUUGGCAAGAGGUGCAGGAUUAUCAUGGGCAUAAAAUUUCUGACCCUUAUGCUUGGCUUGAAGACCCAGACAGUGAGCAGACAAAGGCUUUUGUGGAGGCCCAGAACAAGAUCACUGUGCCGUUCCUGGAGCAGUGCCCCAUCCGAGGUUUAUACAAGGAGAGGAUGACUGAGCUGUAUGACUAUCCCAAGUAUAGUUGCCACUUCAAGAAAGGAAAGCGGUAUUUCUAUUUUUACAAUACAGGUUUGCAGAACCAGCGAGUAUUAUAUGUACAGGAUUCCUUAGAGGGUGAAGCCAGAGUGUUCCUAGACCCCAACGUACUCUCCGAUGAUGGCACCGUGGCGCUUCGAGGCUAUGCAUUCAGUGAAGACGGUGAAUAUUUUGCCUAUGGUCUGAGUGCCAGUGGCUCCGACUGGGUGACAAUCAAGUUUAUGAAAGUCGAUGGUGCUAAAGAGCUUCCAGAUGUGCUCGAAAGAGUCAAGUUCAGCUGUAUGGCCUGGACCCAUGAUGGGAAGGGAAUGUUCUACAACUCUUACCCCCAACAAGAUGGAAAAAGUGAUGGCACAGAGACGUCCAGCAACCUCCACCAGAAGCUCUGCUACCAUGUCUUGGGGACUGAUCAGUCAGAAGAUAUUUUGUGUGCUGAGUUUCCUGAUGAGCCCAAAUGGAUGGGUGGAGCUGAGUUGUCUGACGAUGGUCGCUAUGUCUUGUUAUCAAUAAGGGAGGGGUGUGACCCAGUGAACCGGCUCUGGUACUGUGACCUGCAGCAGGAAUCCAAUGGCAUCACUGGAAUCUUGAAGUGGGUGAAACUGAUCGACAACUUUGAAGGAGAAUAUGACUACGUGACGAACGAGGGGACAGUGUUCACGUUCAAGACCAAUCGCCAUUCUCCCAACUAUCGCCUCAUCAACAUCGACUUCACGGAUCCCGAGGAGUCGAAGUGGAAGGUGCUGGUUCCUGAGCACGAGAAGGAUGUCUUGGAAUGGGUAGCCUGCGUCAGGGCUAACUUUCUGGUGUUGUGCUACCUCCACGACGUGAAGAACACGCUGCAGCUCCACGACCUGGCCACGGGCGCCCUCCUGAAGACCUUCCCGCUCGAGGUGGGCAGCAUCGUGGGCUACAGCGGGCAGAAGAAGGACACCGAGAUCUUUUACCAGUUCACUUCCUUCCUGUCUCCAGGCAUUAUUUAUCACUGUGAUCUCACCAAAGAGGAGCUGGAGCCAAGAGUCUUCCGAGAGGUGACUGUGAAAGGAAUCGAUGCUUCCGAUUACCAGACCGUCCAGAUUUUCUACCCUAGCAAGGAUGGUACCAAGAUUCCAAUGUUCAUCGUGCAUAAAAAAGGCAUAAAAUUGGACGGCUCUCAUCCUGCCUUCUUAUAUGGCUACGGCGGCUUCAACAUCUCGAUCACACCCAACUACAGUGUGUCCAGGCUUAUCUUUGUGAGACACAUGGGUGGCAUCCUCGCAGUGGCCAACAUCCGAGGAGGCGGUGAAUACGGAGAGACGUGGCAUAAAGGUGAGCUGUUUAAUAAUAGACUGCCUCCCUUUUCUUUGUCUCGGUUUUUAGCUGCUUGUGCAAAUCAGCGGCCUGACCUCUUUGGUUGUGUUAUCGCCCAAGUUGGAGUAAUGGACAUGCUGAAAUUCCAUAAAUACACCAUCGGCCAUGCCUGGACCACUGAUUAUGGGUGCUCAGACAGCAAACACCAUUUUGAAUGGCUUAUCAAGUAUUCUCCGUUACAUAACGUGAAGUUACCAGAGGCUGACGGAAUCCAGUACCCGUCCAUGCUUCUCCUCACCGCCGACCACGAUGACCGUGUGGUCCCGCUUCACUCCCUGAAGUUCAUUGCCACCCUCCAGUACAUCGUGGGCCGCAGCCGGAAGCAAAGCAACCCCCUGCUUAUCCACGUGGACACGAAGGCGGGCCACGGGGCCGGGAAGCCCACAGCCAAAGUGAUAGAAGAAGUCUCAGAUAUGUUUGCAUUUAUAGCGCGGUGCCUGAACAUCGACUGGAUUCCGUAACGGAACUGCCCGCGCCCUCCUGACAGCCACACAAAACCUCAAGGGCUUUCCCACCGUUAAACCCGAGAAACCACUGGGCGUGCUGCUUCCCCACGUGAACACGGUUCCUGCACUCACAGACUGCCGUUGAGCAGAACUGCUGCGGGAAUCAUUUUAUCUUUUCUAGCCUCCUUCUUUUUAGCAAGCCCUUGGCGUUUUUUGUGUUUGUUUUCUCCCCUCCACCCUGUGCAGGCACAUGUUUAAAAAAAAACAAAAAAAACAGGCAUGUUUGGGUAAAUAAGGAAAUGGCAGUCAACACAUUGUGAAUAUUAGAUUGCUGAAUUAAGAGUCAUAGUUGGGCAUCCUUCGUAUAUAGCACCUCAUGGAAUUUGCUUCUAUAAUCAUAACCAGUAUAUCUCUACAUAAAUGUGAGACCUGUUCUCAUGAAAGACUUCUUUGCAACAACAAUAAAUGUUAUUUAAGAACGGGA